AUGGACGUGUGGGGCCCAGCCCGCGUCCGUGGACAGGGUCACGAGCGCUACUUCAUGCUCGUUGUUGACGACUACUCGCGUUACACCGCAGUCUUCCCCUUGCGCAGCAAGGGUGAUGUCACUGAGGUGCUGAUCGACUGGAUCCGCGCAGCUCGUCUCCAGCUCAGGCAGAGCUUUGGCUCGGACUUUCCUGUUCUGCGUCUGCACUCGGACAGAGGCGGAGAGUUUUCUUCCGGCCUUCUGAGAGCCUACUGUCGCGCACGAGGAAUCCAUCAGACCUUCACGCUUCCGGACUCCCCGCAGCAAAAUGGGAUUGCUGAGCGCCGCAUCGGCAUGGUCAUGGACGUCGCUCGUACGUCUAUGAUGCAUGCGGCUGCCCCCCAUUUUCUGUGGCCGUUUGCGGUGAGGUACGCGGCGCAUCAGAUCAACCUACACCCCAGGGUCUCCAGGCCGGAGACCUCCCCAGCCUUGCUGUGGACGGGGAAGGUUGGCGAUGCGUCGGCGUUCCGGGUGUGUGGAUCUCGGGCGUUUGUCCGCGACUUGUCUGCGGACAAGCUGACCCCUCGUGCUGCUCCUUGCGUCUUCCUGGGGUUCCCCCCUGACGCGCCUGGGUGGCAGUUCUACCACCCCACCUCUCGCCGUGUUCUGUCCUCCCAGGACGUCACGUUUGACGAGUCGGUCCCCUACUACCGCCUCUUCCCCUACCGCACUCCGUCCCUCCCCCCGCCGCCGCUCUUCCUUGUACUAGACGUAGUCGAGCCUGUCGAGGUCACUGGUGACUCUGGUGCUGCUGAGGGUGCUGAGCCUGGGGGUGCUGACUCUGGGGGUACUGAGCCUGGGGGUGCUGAGCCUGGGGGUGCUGCGACUGGGGGUGCUGAGCCUUGGGGUGCUGAGCCUGGGGGUGCUGCGCCUAGGGGUGCUGAGCCUGGGGGUGCUGAGCCUAGGUGUGCUGAGACUAGGGGUGCUGAGCAUGGGGGUGCUGAGUCGGGGGGUGCUACGCCUGGGGGUGCUGAGCCUGGGGGUGCUGAGCCGGGGGGUGCUGAGCUUGGGUGUGCUGAGCCUGGGGGUGCUGAGCUUGGAGGUGCUCCGCCUAGAGGUUCUCUGGGUGCUUCGUCUGUGCGGGAGCCACUCUCUCCACGGGAGCUGCGCGAGUGGUUUUCCUGGCGCUGGAGGCGUGCUGCUGGUGCUGGAGGUUCUUCGGCUACUCAUGGUGCUGCUGUCGCGGGUCCCGGAGGUGCUCGUACUGGGAGUACUGGAGCAACUGGGCCUGCGGGUUCGACUGGAGCUGGUGUUGCUGAGGGUGUUAGAGCUGAGACUACUGCUGGUGGUCUUGCUGCGGGUACUCCUGGUACUGCUGGAGGUUCUGGCGCUGCUGGAGGUGCAGCUGGUGCGGGUGCUCCUGCUGGGGGUUCUGGUGCUGUACCUGCUGUGUCUGGCGUCCCGGCGCAGCCUCGACCGUACUUCGUUCCACUCCUGCAGCAGGUUCUUGGUCUUCCGCCUUCUACUGGUCCUCCUCCUUCUUUAGAGUGUCCACAGCCAGUCCCGUCACAGUUACAGCUGCAGCCUACCUCCCCUUUGCUUGCUCCUUCUCCCUACACUCGUCCUACUGAAGUCGGACUCUCUUCGUGCUGCCAGUCCUACUAUCACGCGUCUCCUGGCUACUGUCGUUAUGACCCUUCUUUCGAGUCCAGUGCUGCGUCUGCCCUAGUUUCUGAGCUCGUCGACUUUGCUGCUCGCUGUCGCCUAGACUACGCUGCUAGUCUUAUCGCUGAGUCUCAGUCUGGAGACCCGGAUGCACUUGACAUCCCAACUCCGCGCUCUUACGCGGAGGCGAUAGAGGGUCCCUACUCUUCUCAGUGGCGGGCAGCUAUGGAUGCAGAGAUGGCUUCCUGGAAGUCCACAGGCACCUACGUUGACGCUGUCCCCCCUCCUGGGGCGAACAUCGUCAGUGGCAUGUGGAUCUUCAGGGUGAAGCGGCCGGCGGGUUCUCCGCCUGUCUUCAAGGCGCGUUACGUGGGUCGUGGCUUCAGUCAGCGGCAGGGAGUUGACUACUUUCAGAUCUUCUCUCCCACCCCGAAGAUGACCACUCUUCGGGUACUGCUGCACGUUGCUGCUUACCGUGACUACGAGCUGCACUCUCUCGACUUCAGCACAGCUCUCUUGCAGGGCGGCCUGCACGAGGAGAUCUGGCUGCGCCGCCCACCUAACUUCACUGGGUCUUUCCCUCCUGGUACCCAGUGGAGUGUCCGGCGUCCAGUCUACGGUCUCUGCCAGGCGCCACGUGAGUGGCACGACACACUGAGGACUACGCUUGCGGCUCUUGGGUUUGCUCCUUCUACUGCCGACCCGUCGCUGUUUCUGCGCACCGACACUUCUCUGCCGCCGUUCUACAUCCUCGUGUACGUCAACGACUUGGUCUUUGCCACAGCUGACAGUGCUGGACUCGCCUACGUGAAGUUCGAGCUGCAGAAGAGACACACGUGCACAGACCUGGGUGAACUGCGCAGCUACCUUGGCUUGCAGAUCACCCGGGACAGAGCACGCUGCACCAUUACCCUGACUCAGUCACACAUGGUGCAGCAGGUCCUUCAGCGCUUUGGCUUCACGUACUCCUCGCCUCAGGCCACUCCUCUGUCUACUCGCCACUCGCUCUCAGCUCUGCCUUCGGAUGAGUCCGUAGAGUCGAGUGGCCCGUAUCCAGAGCGUGUUGGGUGCCUCAUGUACCUGAUGACCUGCACACGACCUGACCUUGCAUACCCUCUUAGCAUUCUCGCACGCUAUGUUGCUCCUGGGAGACACCGACUAGAGCACAUGGCUGCAGCGAAGAGGGUGUUGCGCUACUUGUGCAGUACGUCGGGCAUGGGGCAAGUGCUUGGAGGAAGGACUUUAGUAGUCCUCACUGGGCAUGCAGACGCUUCUUGGGCUGACGACCAGGCUACGCAGCGGUCGUCACAGGGUUACACCUUCAGCCUUGGUUCCGGCUUUGUUUCGUGGCGGGCUACUCGCUCGUCUUCUGUUCUCGGCUCCACUUGUGAGGCUGAGAUCUACGCCGGGGCCAUGGCUGCACAGGAGCUUCGCUGGCUCACCUACCUGCUGACCGACCUUGGAGAGCCGCCUCGUUCUCCUCUAGUCCUGUACGUAGACAACAAGGCCAUGCUGGCCUUGUGUCGAGAGCAGAGACUGGAGCACAGAACAAAGCACAUUGCCCUUCGCUACUUCCUUGCUCGUGAGCUACAGCAGCGUGGUCAGUUGCGGCUUGCGUACGUGGCCUCUGAGGCCAACAAUGCUGAUGUCUUCACCAAGGCACUUGCGCCUUGUGAUCAUCAGCGCUUCUGCACCCAGCUGGGUCUUGUACCUGUCUUGCCUCACUUGCUCACCUCUUGA